CAACAAGCUAGAACAGGAGGGCCAGUCAGGAAAGACUGAGUACGUGUUUAGUUUGAGUGUGUGUGACACUGGGGAGUAUUGCUAUGGAUAGGGUGCUGCUGUACGAGUUCCUGCUUCUUUCUUUCUGUCAUCAGAGCUUGACAGCUGUACUGAACAUGCACAUAGACCCAAGAAAUCUGUUUGCAGAGAGAGCUUGCUGCAGACGCCAGAGUCACUUCAUCUAUGUAGGACAAGAUAUCUUAGGCAGUCCAGUGAAUGUGGAUGUAGGCAUGUGCCGAACAAACUGCGGCCAAGCACAGCCCUCGUCCUUUGAGGCUGGGAUGCAGGGCUACUCCUCCAUGCUGGACUUCCUGAGAGACAAAAAGGUAUUAAAUACGCGAACUCCAGCAGCGUCCUCUCUCGAGCUCACAGGCUUUGGAGGAAACCUUCCAUCGUGUGGUGCGAGCAUGACCUGUGAACCCACUGGACUGCGUGUGGACAAAGUGAUGCUCAUAGACGGCCUGCGUGAGGUGGAACUCAUCGAGGAUUGCCACUGCGAGGCCAAAGUGACUCGCUGUGUCCGAGCACCCUCUCUCAGAACGUACUUCUAUGAAACACCUUACGAGACUGUUAUCGACGUGGGCAAGUGUGUAGGAUCGAAGGUUGAACCGGAGGGCUUUUCCUGUGUGCCUACCAAGUUUGAUUCUGCUCUUGUGGACACUCCGAAUAAAGUGGAGCUGAUUCAGACGGUGGUCGGCUGCGACAUGAAAGAAGGCUGCUACAGAAUUCCUUAUGUGGAAUAUCAUUAUGAGAUCACGUACAAUGAAGACGGGCUCAAGGAAGAAAAACUAAAGGAAAUAGAUGUGGGGAGAUGUUUGGGAAGCUGCACCUCAGGAAACAGCUGUCUUCUCAGGAGUGCCUCUGAUUCAGCUGAGUGUCUGCUGUGGGCAGAGGGACAGGGCAGCGCGUGUGUUCCACAAGGCUACGAGAGCCACACGUUUCUCAAUCACCAUGGACAAAUCCGAACUGUGCUGGCUAUCACCUCGUGUCUCUGCCAGUCUUAA